AUGGCUUCUGAACAGGACUUCACAAAGCGCAAGCUCUGGGGCGGCCGCUUCACUGGCUCUACAGACCCUCUGAUGCACGAGUUCAACCAGUCGCUCAAGUACGACAAGCGUAUGUACGCUGCCGAUAUCAAGGGUUCCAUUGCGUUCUCCAAGGCGCUCCUCAAGGCCGGCAUCCUCAACGAGCAGGAGCAGAAGGAGAUCACGCGUGGCCUCAAGCUCGUCGAGCAGGAGUGGGCGAACGGGACGUUCAAGAUCGCUGCCGACGACGAGGACAUCCACACUGCCAACGAGCGUCGCCUGUCUGAGAUCAUCGGCAAGGACAUUGGCGGCAAGCUGCACACUGGUCGUAGCCGUAACGACCAGGUCGCGACCGACAUGCGCAUCUGGUUGAUGGAUGAGACCAAGACUGUCGAGAAGUACCUCACGGACCUUCUCAGCGUUAUGGCGACGCGCGCCGAGACCGAGGUCGACGCCGUCAUGCCUGGCUACACCCACCUUCAGCGCGCGCAGCCGGUACGCUGGUCUCACGUGUUGCUCUCGCACGCGCAGAGCUUUGCGAAUGACCUUGAGCGCCUCCGCGAGCAGUACAAGCGCAUCUCUGUGCUUCCCCUCGGCUCUGCCGCGCUCGCUGGUAACCCGUACGGCCUUGACCGCGAGUUGCUGCGCCAGGAGCUGAACUUUGAGAGCAUCGGCGAGAACAGCAUGCACGCCGUCGCCGACCGCGACUUCAUUACCGAGUGGCUCUUCUGGGCCUCGCUCAUGAUGAACCACAUGAGCCGCCUCGCUGAGGACCUCAUCAUCUACUCCACCGCCGAGUUUGGCUUCAUCACCUGCUCGGACGCUUACUCCACUGGCUCGUCGAUCAUGCCCCAGAAGAAGAACCCCGACUCGCUCGAGCUCCUCCGUGGCAAGAGCGGCCGCGUUUUCGGUCAGCUGGCAGGCUUCAUGAUGACCGUCAAGGGCAUCCCCUCGACCUACAACAAAGACCUGCAGGAGGACAAGGAGCCUCUCUUCGACUGUGUUGACACGGUCGGUGCGGCCCUCCGCAUCGCCGAGGGCGUUAUCGCUACCCUCACCAUCAACCCCGAGAAUAUGGCCAAGGCGCUCACCAUGGACAUGCUGGCCACCGACAUUGCCGACUACCUCGUUCGCAAGGGCGUUCCCUUCCGUGAGACUCACCAUAUCUCUGGCCGCUCGGUCGCGCUCGCAGAGCAGAAGGGGUGCCAGAUCUCCGACUUGAGCAUGGACGAGUGGCGCGAACUCUCGGACAAGUUUACCGACGACGUCAUGGACGUCUUCAACUUUGAAAACUCGGUUGAGAAGCGUAACGCUAUCGGUGGGCCAGCGCGUGUCAUGAUUCAGCGCCAGGUUGACGUGCUCCGGAAGCGCAUCAACCAGCAGUAG